UGAUUAUCCCGGGAUUCGGAGAAAUUAAUGGAGACAGUAGGCGACUAGAUCAAGGGAAAGAAAUGCAAAAGGCAAAGGGUCACCAACCUGGUGCUGGCGAAGUCGUAAAGCUUGGCAGUGCUGGAGAAGACGACGAGCCCAACCUCAGCGUCGCAAAGAAUGGCCAACUCCUUGGCCUUCUUCAUCAAACCCUUCCUUCUCUUGGAGAACGUCACUUGCCUGCUCGU